GGCCAAAGUUGAAAGUUUACCAUGCCCGAUGUGAAGAACGAAAGCAUGCACACCGAUGUGGCCAAGUUUAUUAAAUUAGUUAAAAUGUAACGUUAUCUUGUUGUGUUUGUGUUAACGUUUGAAUAUGUCUUUAAGGGAGGUGCAUGCUUCAAAUCAAAAAUUGAACCAUUUGAUCUACCAGUAUUUAAAAGAGAAUGGCUUCCAGAAAGCUGCAGAAGAACUCAAGAAGCAUGUGAAGAAGGGUGGAGAACCAGAAGCCUUGUCAACAUCACUACUGGAGAUCUACAAUAAAUGGUUCGGAGAUACUUCCAAGACCACAGAAAAGGGAACAGGACCGGAUUCUUCCAAGUUAAAAAAGAACUGUCAAGCAGACCCUGAAAGCAGCACAGAGAGCUCAAGUUCAGCAGAGGAAGAAAGAAAACCUGUGAAAGGCUCCCAGACCCCAAAGCAUCAGAGCCCAGCUACUGCCAGACCAGCUAAGGGCAAGGCUGCAGUGCAGAGCACCUCUGGAGGAAAGGCCACAGUGGGGGAGAGCUCUGGGUCUGACAGCUCAGAGGUCUCUGAAGACUCAGAGAGUGAGGAGACACCACCACAGAAAAUCCCCGUGACACCCAAAGCCAAUCAUGUUCCAGCUGCAAAGGUCAAGGCCAGGUCAGCGGUCACACCAUUGACCCUGAACAAGAAACCAGCAGAGAGCAGCUCAGGGAGUGAAGAUGAGAGCCAGAGUCUGCUUCCACAGACAACAGCUGCCACAACUAAAGCUACACCAGUGAAGCAACCAAAACCAAGUUCAACAGCCAAGACAAAAGCCACUCUUGCUACCCCAGCUAAACCAGUGGUUGCUGCUACGCCAAGCAAGGCACCAUCUACUUCCCCAGCCACACCAAAAGGAAAGAAGGUGACCACAAAAGACAAGAAAGCAACAGCAACAAAGAAAGUACAGGCCUCAGCUUCAUCAGCCAAGAGGAAGAGAUGUGAAGAGAAACCAGGGGACAUGCCCGCUAAUGACAAGAGGAAGAAGCCCUCCCCUCCAAAGGCGGAGACUGUCAUGGUCGCCAUGCCUCAGACCCCUCCUGUUCCUCCUCCUACUGGGGGAGACGAGUCUGACUCAGACUCUGACACCGAACUGGAUGUGGAGAAGUGGAAGAAACUGGCACGGGAACUGUCAGACGCUGAUAUUGCCAAAAUAGACACCAUCACUGCACUGAAUGCUCCACCUGCUCCCACCUCACCUGCCUCAGCAGCAAAGAAAACAAGAGCACCGAGGAAGCCCAGGGCUAAAUCUACACUGGAAACGCCCCCAAAUCCCAGGGCCAAAUCUGCAACGAAAACACCAAAACCCAAGGCUGACACUGCAGUGAAAAAGGCUGGUCAUGCUAAAAAGUUCAAAGCUACAACUAAAAAAAAAGCCAUGGCUGAGAAGAAUGGGAAGACCAAGACACCAGCAAAAGACAGUAAAGCCAAGUCUAGUCAAGUGAAGAAGGCAGCACCUCCCUCCCCAUCCCCUGAAUGCCAAGCAGAGGAGAUCAACAGUAAUACAGCUGACCUAAUAGCUGUAGCAGACAAACAGCCACCCUCCAUGCUCUCUACCACAACACUUAAUGGAAAACAGACAGCCAAGAAAGGAAAGAGGAAAAAUGGGAACAUUAGUAAGGCUAAAGCAGAUAAUAAUCUACCAGAACCCAAGAAGAAGAAAAAGAAAAAGGAGAUUGUAGAGGAGAAGACGGAACCAGAGAAGAAGAAAAAGAAAAAGGAGAUUGUAGAGGAGAAGACGGAACCAGAGAAGAAGAAAAAGGAGAAGACGACUAAGGAGAAUGGGGCAGAAAAAGAGAAGGAAAGAAAGAAGAAACAGGAGAAGAUGAGCAGGGACAAUGAGACUGAGAAGAAACAGGAGAAGAUGAGCAGGGACAAUGAGACUGAGAAGAAACAGGAGAAGAUGAGCAGGGACAAUGAGACUGAGAAGAAACAGGAGAAGAUGAGCAGGGACAAUGAGACUGAGAAGAAACGGGGAAAAGACAAGAACAAGACUAAAGGGAAUGGCGUUAAAAGUGACCCACUACUUCCAUCCACCACAGGAACGCCUGAUCCUCCAACAGAGAAGAAGAAAAAGAAGAACAAGCUGAAACUCUCAGUGGAGAUUGCAGUGCCUGAGACUCCAGUCACCCCUGUACAGGCAUCCACAAAGACCCCUCCUAGAAAGAAAAAUAAAUCAUCUAAGAGUAAGUCAGGCCUUUAGAGAUGAAGGUCACCUACAAUGGGGCUGUGUCAAGUGUGGACCUGGACCCAGGAUUCUACCUAAAUGGUAGUUGAGCAAUAAUGGUAAAGACUAUCUGUCACACAAUGGUCUUCCUAGACCAAACCAACUGGGCCCAGCUUUUCAAAAGUUAUCUGGAUUUCGCCUAUCGGGGAGGUUGAAAUGCAUAGAAAUAGAAUUAAUAGAACAGAAGUCCCCAUUCAAGUCAAUGAUUUGUCUGUCCUAUUCAUACUAUUUAUAUGCAUUUAAUUGUAUGCGAUAGGCGAAAUCCAGAUAGAUAACGUUAGAAAAACCGGGCCCUGGGGAUUUGUUCGAUUUUCUUUACAACAUUGUAUACUGUAUUAAAUGAACACUUUUCCUGUUGGUACAUUUUAUUGAAUUUAAAACAUAGAUUUUUAUUAGUUUAUCCCCUCCAAAAUGAUUGUACAGUUUGCUGUUUUGCAUACUAUGUGAUGUGCUGCAGCUGUCUAUGUUACUGUACAUUUUAAUUAUGAUGUUUCCUUGCAUGUUUGUGUGAUAGUGACAAACAGAACGUUUUAAGGAAAUGUCAAGUUUACUAUAGCAUUAGCCCAUUCAUAGCCGCUAACUACCUUUAGGGCCUAUUGAUGAUAGUAACUUCUGACCAGGGGAGUUUUGUUAAGAGCCCCGACACUCUCUGAAUGUGAACAUGCAUUGCUUGCGGUACGAAUUUUGAAACAUAAGGAACGUACACUACCGUUUAAAAGUUUGGGGUCACUUAGAAAUGUCCUUGUUUUUGAAAGAGAAGCACAUUUUUUGUCCAUUAAAAUAAUUUCAAAUUGAUCAGAAAUACAGUGUAGACAUUGUUAAUAAUGUUGUAAAUGACUAUUGUAGCUGGAAACAGCUGAUUUUUUUAUGGAAUAUCUACAUAGGUGUACAGAGGCCCAUUAUCAGCAACCAUCACUCCUGUGUUCCAAUGCCACGUUGUGUUAGCUAAUCCAAUUUUAUCACUUUAAAAGAGUAAUUGAUCAUUAGAAAACCCUUUUGCAAUUAUG